AUUAGUCAAGCCGCGACCGUGCGCAGGGCAACAUCACCCCGCCCGCAGCCACACGUCAGUCUCGCGAGGUAGAGAAGGGAGGCCAGGCCAGCACGUUCUCUCUCUCCUAACCAGAUUUUAGAGACAUACUAUACGAUUCCAAAUAUUUUAGGAUUACUGUGUGUGUGUGUAUAUGCAGAAAAUCCUAUGUUGUGAGACUUCAAGUAUCCUGUCACUUUGGACAUUAAAACUGGACACCUCAACCCUUUAGGUCGCGUGAUAAAUCUGCAGGACCUCACCUCAAUCUUCAAAGCGCACUGCGAAAUUGAAACACCAAUUCGAAUACAGUUACAGGACCUUGAACACACAUUUGAAGGUUCCAGUCCUUCUAGGAUACCUGGCAAGUGUAAAGAGUCCGUAGCGUAGCUCUGAAUGUCCUACGAAACUGAAGCACGACUUCGGACACUGCUGUAAGAUCCUGGACAUAUUUUUACGAUAAUAGACACUGAAGGACUCCUGAAAAGCGUGCAGGACCCUAGCGUGAGGUUCAGUGUCCUACGAGAUUACGGUACCCCGGGAUGGUGUGAUGAGCUCUCCGCCCCACCACGACCCCCUCCGCCCACUCCUUCAGACGGUGUGUCACGCUGGCCUCCUCACCUUGGCGGCCCUCAUGGCGGACCAGGCGCACCAACUCCCUCACCUCGGCCUCGACAGCCUCUCAAACCUCCCGCCGCGUCAGCCCUCCAAUACCAACGAUCAGACUACCUGCACAGAGUCUGAUGAGGCUACGGUCGACGUCGCUGACUUGCAAAACCCCGAGGUGGAGGCCCAGAGGGACGUCCCCACGCCCAGCUUGCUGUCUGACGGAGGGAAGGACCUGUCUGAUGGAAGGAGGAGCUGCCGGUGUUGGAGCUGCCCUGUGCGCCAAUCUACAGCUUCGACGAGGACGGGGACAUCUUGCAGUGUACACUUACUUGCCACCGUCACAGGGAGGCCAAGUGACAUCUCCGGCAGGAGUGACAAGGCGGAGGGUGAGGUGAGUGAAGUGAGUCCUGUUGCUCCCUGCGGAGCGCCGGACAUGGAGUGCACGCAGACCACAACGGAAGCGGAGUGGAAAGAAACGGUGCCUGAGGAAAACAGCGCGACGGAUGAAGCCCCUGGAAUCCCUGAAGCCUCCUCCUGCAGACACCCCAUCCUGGCCUCUGUGGGAACUGCAGAGGACACCGUGCCGCACAUAGACGUGGCGCCAAAGGACACUCAAGACCAAGCGCCCGUUAUCCUACCGGAAGUGACGAUGGUGACGCCCAAGAUCAAGCUGCACGCUGGUUCAGUGGAGGUGGAGGAGGACUACCUGGAGGGCCACCUGGACGAGGACCAUCACCUCAGGGACUUCUGUGCCACGCUGCUCGGGGAAUGUGACUGGCAAUCCUCGAGGCCGCCGUCCACACAGACCCCCGUGGUGGGACUCCUGAGCGUCACGUCCCACGAUCCCUGCAGUAGGAGGGCCCCCAAAGUGCCCUUCGACGCGGUGGUUUUUACGGAACGCAAACCUUCGACGGGAGACGCGCUUGUGUUGUCCCUCGGUCUGUCAGCUGACGGCGCCAACACCAUUCAGGACAUUGCCUCCAGAAACCAGGGGGCGGCCAGGGAGCGUCUGCAACAGGGAGAAGUCCUUCCGUGCGGGGCUGGGCUGACGAAGCACUGCGAGUCGUGUGGCGUGUCCCCAGAGGAGUGUCUGAAGAAGCUGGGUCUCCACUCCGACACUAUCAGACCAGUGGCGUCCCCGAAAAGUGAACGUUUGCUACACUUCUUCAAGCACAUCCCAGCUGACAUCCACACAAGAGUCCCCGGCAGCACCACGCACGGCCCGCUCUCCCCUCAUGAUUUCGACCACGGCCUCACCUCCCCCAAGCAGAAGAGCAGAAGUCUGUCCAGCUCACCCACCAAUGUAGAGAACGACGGGAGGAAAUCCAGACUGGUGGCUUUGUAAAUAGUGACCUUCGUGUGUGUGUGUGUGUGUGUGUGUGUGUGUGUGUGUGUGUGUGUGUGUGUGUGUGUGUGUGUGUGUGUGUGUGUGUGUGUGUGUGUGUGU